AUGUAGCCAGCACUGAAUCUGUGAACACGAGGCUGCUCCCCCUUGGGGAACACGCCAAUAGACGUGCUCCCAGUUGUGGUCAAUUGAUCGUAGUCGUCAAGGGUGUGUUGUUAGAUACGCCAGCCAACGUUGUUGGUCUGUAGACGACGAAUGUCUGUGCAACGCUGAGCCAAUCCAAUGAUGACGUCCGAGCUGAAGUGAAGGUCUUGCUGUGCUUGGUGCACACUGUCAAGACUACUCUCCUCUGCGGUUGAGGAGGUGCAAUAAAUGCUGCUAAGGAUCAACGUCGGCGACGCCCUGACAUGCAUGUACAUCGUGUUGGAACUUCUACAACUGCAUACAAUGCUUCGUGUCACAGACGGCUCUAUUGGGCAAACCACAAGGCAUUUUUACUUCAAUAAAAAUAAAAUCGGCACGGGAGCCUCGAGUGACGUUUUCAUCGGCGUUGAAAAAGCGACAGGCGAAACCCAUGCGUUGAAGAUCUUCAAGGAUGCCCAAUGGAGCAACUCUCAAGAAAACGUUCGAGAAGUUGAAGCUUUGACGAGAAUGUCCCAUCGAAACAUUGUGGGCUAUUUUCGACGAGAAGAGGAGUGUGGCACAGGUCGAGGAGUUCUUGUGAUGGAGUACUGCUCCGGGGGAAGCCUGCACUCCUUUCUCCAGCAACCAGAGAACAUGCACGGUCUGGAUGACCAGCAGUUCCUCAUCUUUUUAAAUGACACAUGCCAGGGAUGGAAGUACCUCCGGCAACGUGGCUUUGUGCACCGCGACAUCAAGCCGGGCAACAUCCUGAGAGACGUCAAGCCAGAUUCAAGUGUGGUGUACAAGUUGGCUGACUUCGGGGCCAGCAAGAGUGUUGAACACGAAAAUGGACAGUUUCGGUCUCUCGCUGGGACCGAGGAGUACCUGCAUCCAGCGAUGUACGAGAAGGCCUUCAUGGGCAGCGGUGGCAACACCGUGUUUGACGAGUCUGCAGACCUGUGGAGUUUUGGCGUCACCAUCUACCACGCCUGCACCGGCAACAUUCCCUUCAAACCUUACGGCGGCGUCCGCAACAACAGGAAUGUCAUGUUCAUGAUGAUCACGUGCAAGCCAGCAGGCACGAUAGCAGGAGAACAGCGGUCACCCUCUGAAGACAUAAGGUGGAAGAGGACGCUACCAGACACAUGCAAUCUGUCUCCAACUAUUCGAGAGAGGUCAGUGUCGAUUAUAGCUGGUCUGUUAGAAGCAGAUCGGAAUCGGCAGUGGACAUUCCAGACCCUGGAGUAUUCUGUGCAGAGGCUGAAAAGUCUGAAGAAGUUCACCAUCAUCAGUGCUGAAGAUGCGGCACUUCACACCAUAUAUACCUCUACAUCACCAAGCUUGUCCGAGCUUCAGGAAGCCAUUGCCAUGGUAACGGAGGUUCCAGCUCCGCACCAAAUGCUCUUCCAUCAUGACCAGCGUCUAUGGGAGGUGGUCAAUGCUAGUUAUCCAUUGAGUGCAGUCAAUGCAGACGAGGAAGAACCAAUCAUUCUAGUCAACAAAGACGAGUCGGAGGAGGAGAGUUGCUCCAACCGCACUUUGGGCCAAGAGCCUACGUUCGGCGUCCGUCCAUCUCUAGAUUCUGACCUGAAGACUGCGUCCAAAAUAUGUGUGUUUGUCUUCCAUCUUCUACUUCAAGUAAUGACAUCGGCUAGGGUGGAGAAAGGCCAAAAGCGAGCAGAGCUGUCUUUGUGGUCCUACUUGAAACAUUUGUUGGAAAGAGUUGAAAAGAAGUUCAGAGUUCUAUCGGAAACCUGUCAGGAAAAGCAGUCCCGCUUUGAAAUGAUGAAAUCUUACGAAUCUACCAGAAAGGAAAUCAGUCGCGAAUAUGACUCCACCAUAUCCCAGAACACAAACAAAGCCAAACAGUCAGUAUGUACAAUUCAUCGAAAACUUUGUCUACUGAAGAAUGAAAUAUGUAGAUUUAGGAAAAAAUGGAACGAACAUUUAGAAUCAUCACCCAUCAUCUCUGAUACCUCGGAUCUUUUAAACUGUCCCAUUAUGUUAAAAAGCAUUUUUGAAGAAACAAAAACUAUUUUGCAAAGAAUCCGGAGGAGAAGAAGUUCGCUGCCGCUGUCAGAAUGUGACGAGUUGAUGCACAAGAAGGACAGGCGGGACUUGGAACAGCUGUGCCAGCAAAGCAUAUCUCACUGGCAACAUCAUCAGAUGCAUCACAAGCACCCAUCACAUUUAAAGUUCAAGGAAUGCAAGGGGGUGUAUUUGGAACACCAGGAAACGUUGCUUCAGUUUCAGAAGAUGCUAGAAGAACUCGACAUGGAGAGUGCGGUUUUAACAGAAAAACUGAAAGAGUGUUGGAAAUCCUCGGACAUUGCUUGGAAACACAUUGCUUCAAGUGUCGCCACAUUGUUUCAAUCUGGUCCCUCCCGGCGUUCUCGGUUCAGCGUCAGACAGUUGACAGAAGAAUGCGAAAACAAUAAAAAACGGUUUGUGGACCUUAUGGACCAUCUGCCGGAACUGGAGUUGCUCAGUCUGGACAGCAGCUAGAGACAUCAGGACAUCCAUGUGCGUCAGCGGGACUCUUUGAGACAUCAGGACAUCCAUGUGCGUCAGUGGGACUCUUUGAGACAUAUGGAUAUCCAUGUGCGUCAGUGGGACUCUUUGAGACAUAUGGAUAUCCAUGUGCGUCAGUGGGACUCUUUGAGACAUAUGGAUAUCCAUGUGCGUCAGUGGGACUCUUUGAGACAUCAGGACAUCCAUGUGCGUCAGUUGGACUGUGGACAUACGCAUCCUUCUGAUGAACCCAUGGAUACAUACGGACAUAGGUUAUCUUCAGAUGGACUGUCGGAUACAUAUGGACAUACAUGUUCUUCAGAUGGACUCUUGUAGAGACAUAAACAUACGUGGCCUUCCCAUAAAUCCUUGGAGGCACGUGGACAUGUAAAUACAUGUGCUAAGCAAAUCUGUGAUAUCUAGACAAUUAUAACAUAGUGUGGAGGUUAAGGUACUGGUAGUAAUAUCACAAUACUAUUGCAACAGUAUCUCAGUUGUACAAAAGACGUUUCUGCGGAAUGCGAUUAACAACUUGAGAAGAACUGCAAUUCGUGGGCAUAUAUCGGCAGCCAACCAGUAGGAAUAAUCUAAUUACUGUUCUCAUAUUAAAUAUCCAUAUUCUGUCUUAGAUUAAUAUUUAUUAAACGAUAUUAAUGGAAAUGUCAAUUAAUAUGCAACUUAUACAAAUGGUAAGUAUAAAAGAUGUUAAACAGUUAUGUAACCUUGGUAAAUAUUUAUGUAAAGCCUGUUGUCUAAGAAAUGAACUUUGAAAUAAAUUGAUAAUAUAUAUAUUAAGUAAAUUCUCUUCCCAUUGUAAUUACAUGCAUCUAUUGAUACCAAUUCAUUCACAUCUGUUAGCAACCGCUGAUUGUAAAUAUAAAGGUAAAUACAUAACUGAAUUGUA